AUGGCAUUAGACAUGAAGAUUCUACAGUUGGAGAUCUACAACGACUCUAAGUUGAUCAUCAACCAACUUUUCGGAAGUUACGAGGCAAAGAAGGAAGAUCUCUUGCCAUACCAUCAAUAUGCUUUUGCUUCAUGGCCUUUUGAUGCAUGGGGACUUGAGGUUGUUGGACCGCUUCCAAAGUCAUCAAAGGGACAAAUGUAUAUAUUGGCCGCUACAGACUACUUCUCUAGUUGGGUUGAAGUUAUUCCACUCAAGGAGGUGAAAAAGGAAACUGUUGACGAUUUUAUCAAGUCAUAUAUAAGUUUUAGGUACUGCAUAACAAGAUACAUAAUCAGUGAUAAUGGAAAUCCAUUUGACAAUAGGCUCAUGAAGAGUCUGUGCGAGAAGUUCGGUUACAAGCAACAUAAGUCUUUAAUGUAUAAUGCACCCGCCAACAGCCUUGCUGAAGCUUUUAACAAGACGCUUGGUAACCUUUUGAAGAAAGUUGUUGCAAAGAACAAGAGAGAAUGCAUGAGAAAAUUGGGAGAUUUUGCUCGUUUCUUGUUGCUCGAAACAUCAAAAUAUCCACAUCUUGUGUACCUUCUUAGUCUGACACUGAGUCCUUUUGAGCUCCUUCACAAGUCUGCAAAAGAAAUAAAUAAGGAGAUAAGAUUCGAACAAAUUGUUGGUGAUUUUGACGCUCCUGGUUCAAGAUACGGUUUUUCCUACCGAAAGUACGUAAACCUGAAGGUUCCUUGCGGUCAGUUCAAUUUUCAAGAUUUUCCUGUUUCGAGCCCUAAAGGAGUUCCGUGA